AUGGACGCUUGGAACUCUGACUAUGACCGCAGAAGGGCAGAUGCGGAGACGAACGAAGAGAUCCUGCACCAGCGCCACGCAACCUUAGAGAUUGCCGAAGACGUCCAGCUCACAAAUUCACAGGAAACACAGGCUCCAGCAGAGGCACAGGACUACCUAGCCGUGACUCGUGCCUGGUGUCCUGCGGAUUUGCAGAUGUUGGACGUCAGGAACCGCUCCUUCACCCCGGAUGUAGAAACCCGACCAGCUUCUUUAGCAGAAGCUAUGGAUACCCUUCGGCAGCGCAUCGAUAGCACCUUCCAGUGGGAGAAUAAAAUUCUGGACCAGACUUGGCUUCUGAAGCGGGCAGCAGCGCAGGCAGCUGGGCGAACAGCGCGUUCCUUUGUGUGUAAGGACGGAAAGGAACUGAAAGCGGAGAAUCGUGCGACACUGUGUACUUCUGAGCUGACUUUUGUGCUGCCUGCGCAGUCUUGGCUCCGCACUGAGGAGGUGCUACAGAUUGCCUGUCUCGCUCCUUCUGAGAUCAUCUGUGACGCGUCUGGCGCGGCCUACGCUGUGAGUUUCCUGUCUCCCUUGUGCGUGGAAGGAAGGGGUGCAGCGGACCGUGGCUUCUCUGCUCAGUUUGGCACAGAAGGUGCAGUACAUGGUGCUUGUCAGCUGCGGUUUGCGUCGCGAAUUCGGUACUUUCAAUCUGAGGAAGAAGACUACGAAAUGAGGCUGGACGCUGGUGAUCGGGUGCGACGCUUAUGGUUGCUUCGCAACACUUCUUACGCAGCUGCGAUACCAUCUAUGGUGCAGCCUGCUUCCCUGUUGCUACUAGACGCCUGCGCAGACGAUGCGAAAUCGGAAGUCUUGCACACAAAGAUCUUUACUUUGCUGCUGGGCGAACGCUAUCGAUCUCACAAAGAUACUUUGUUCACCUACAGGCAAGGUGCGUGGCAGAUGUCGCCUGGGGGCACUUUGACAGCGGAAGAUCUAGAAUUUCUGACCAUGGCUUUGCGACGAGCGCAAGCUUACUUCGCUCAUCCGAUCGAUCGUUCCACGCUUGCACAAAGACAUCAACAAAUGAAAUCCGGUGUUUUGACGGGAAACCAAGUCACACGUGACUAUGACUCGGUGGCGUGGGAGUUGAAGGUUAUCUUGAGUAUGUCCACAGAUGAACCUUUGUUGGAGUGGCAACUGGGAGAGUUCAGCGCAGCCAAACCAGAGAAACGCUCCAGGCAAUGGUCCCUUGGCUGUGCUGAGCUUGCACGUGAUUUGCGCAAGGCUCUGCAAGACCAUAGCCGAUCACUGGUCAAAUCCUUUCUCCGUUGGUCUGACUCGCCACUGGACGCCAAAAGCUACGCUGGCAUCGCUUUCGCAGAUUGCUCGGGAAAGGCCCACAUGGGCAGCGCCUAUGACUUUAACUUACUGGUGUCUUUUUUGUCACUUCGCAUAGGGUCUGUGCUGGACCGCUGCUUCCCUCGCCAGCGCGUGUUUCCCCACAUGACUUUUUCCUUGCGGGUUGCACGCCGGACCCAACAGCUCUCUGCCCUUUCCAUCUGUUAUGUCUCUACGGCCAAAGGCAAAAUACGACAGAUGAAAAAGGAUGCGCGCCGAGGGUGCUACAUGUUUGUCCCAGCAGCCCUGGCGUGGACACCGCCUGACCACGCCAGACAACGUCUAGCAGCUUUGCUGGUCUCAGCAUUUGCCAAGACCAAUGGUUUGAGCAUCCUGCUGGCACAAGCAGCCCUAGCAGUUUCACGACACAGACAGCCAGAAGUGAUGCACAUUGUCGUCGGCGCAGGCGCUGAUGGCAAGUCCAUGGUUUGCGUUGAACUGAUGAGAGCUUGUUUCAGCACAGCAUUUGCAAAUCCAGCCUGCAGUGUCCUCCAGGCUCACGAUCGGGUCGAGCGCGAAUGGCAGCAGCAGGCACAUGCCUACUUCAAUGCCAUGAUGCUGACUUUCGACGAAGUUCGGCGAGAAGCCGGAGUUCAGGAAGACACGUUGAAGGUUUUGAUUGCCGGUGGCCUCCUUCCAAUGCGCAGGAACCAUGAGCCAGAAACGCGCUAUCAUAGCUUCGAGUAUUGUGCCAAAACAUGGCUCAUGAACUCCGCCGACAUUCCGAGUCAGCACAAGAACCAGAAACAGCACCAAGAGAUUGAGAUCAGAGUAUUUGCAAGAAGCUUGCCAAGAGUGGCCACAUCUGUUGAGGGAGGACAUGACGCAGUUACUGUUGCAGAUGUCUUUGGGGCAUGGGAUGACUGGAAGUGGCCCGAGGAGUACGCGGAGAUUGGUGCAGACGCGCGACAGGAUCAACUGCAGCAGUUUGUGGACGCUGCGGAACGCGAUGGCCAGCGCAGCCAGCUGGGACACACGAUUCUGCCACAAGUGUCUUUUCUGCACCCAGUUGUGCGACCAGGACGCGAAUUCGUCGGCAAGCAGAUAGACAAUAUAUUGGCAACUAUGUCUGUAGCCUACAUAUACAAUUUGUUAAAAUACACUAUCCUUUUCUUUCCUUUAGAAACAUUUUCCUUCCACCCCAGGGAUUCGCACCAUAAGACUCCCCAGAUAGCAAUGACCAUCUCAGUUACAUGUCAGUGA